AUGAUAAUUCGGUGUAUUUUUGCUAACACGAUUAAGUUUCUCUUGGAUGUGAAUGAGAAUGAUACAGUAUUCAAUAUAAAACGUAAAUUGGUUGAGUUGCUGGCGAUUUACUACAGAAGAGAUGUUGUGGGAGUGAGUUUAUUGGAUGAUGAUGGUUUUGAGAUACUUGACUGCUUACCAGUGAAGAUUGUGAUGGAUUGUAAAGUGCUGAAUGUUAUAUCCAAUCUAUUUACAAUAUCGCAGAGUGAUUUUGAGAAGAUAAUGGGUGAUGAUGUGACGAUAUUUAGUAACAAGACAGAACGAAUAGCAAUAAAGAAGACAAAGGUAGAAAAGGAUAAAGAAGUACGAAAAGUAAUGAAGAGGGUAGUAGAAACCAAGAAGAUGGAGAAAGAUGAAAGUGAAAUAAGUGAGGUGGUAAUAAAGAAAGAAGGAAUAGAAUGUAAGAAGGAAUCUCUGAUUGAAAAGCCUAAAGAGUAUGUGAAAGAGAAUAUAACAAGAAUCACUAAAGAAAAAGCCAGGGAAGAGCCAUUGGUUAAAGUAGUUGCAGGAAUAAAAGCACAAAAAAUCGAAACAGCAGUAACGAAUAAGAAAGAAGCAGAUAAACAGUUAAUACAGUCUAAAGAAAAGAAGAAUGGGUAUAAGGAGCUAAAGAAAAAGAAGAUACGAGAAAUAAUACAAUUUCUGUAA